GAGAGGCUCGCGAUCGAUCCACUGGCCGACAGCGAAUCUCGCGAGCUCGCCGCCGUUGAGGUUAGGUCACCGUCAACGUUAUUCAAUCGCGCCUCGCGAUUUCACGCUGGGAUUACCGAGGAGUUUCGCGCCGCGGCACGUCUCUCAUGAUCGGCAGUCCCGAUCGCAAGUGACGGAUCGUCCCGACGGAGUGCCGCUGUAAGAGGAAACAUGGCCGCGACGCCGAAAACUGCGCUGCCCGAGGAGAGCGAGCUGACCGUUGAGGAGCUGAACGUCAGCUGGCCGGUCCUUCAAACCGCGUCCGUUUACAUCGGCAAGGCUUGCGAAUGGUACAACAAUGAAUUUAUGUUGUGCAGACAAGAGGAGCGUGACCCGCGUCGCUGUCUCAGCGAGGGGAAAGCCGUGACCGCUUGCGCAAUGGACGUUCUUAAGAAAAUGAAGAAGCACUGCCUGGAAGAUUUUAACACCUACAUGACCUGCCUCGAGAGGUCGUCGGGAUCGUUGGAUUUUACUCCGUGCCGAAAUACACAAGCUGCUUUGGACGACUGUGUUCUUAAGAAUCUGAAUAUAGAACGUCCGCCCUAUGGAUACUUUUGCGAGGCCAAGGUGCAUAACACGUCGAGGCCGCGACCGCCGAAAGAGGAGCCUAUAACGUUCCCAGAUCCGACUCCUGGACUACCACUAGAAAUACCACGUGAGAAAGCGAAGUACCACAAUCGUCUCUGGUACAAAUCCUAAGAUCUCCCAACGGAUAUCGCUAUAGUAUGUUUGGUCGUGCUGCAAAGAUUACGUUUUCGAGAUUCGGAAUGCAUCGGAUAACUAGACUAUUAUAGGGAAACGAGCGUGCGCAAGCCUGACGGAACGCACGUAGAACGUAGAAACGUUCCUCUCGUGUGGAAAAUAUAGAAUUGUACAUGUUCUAUGAAUAUGAACGUAUUGACAGCAAGGUGAUGAUUUGCUUGUUGUUACUUGUACAAAUAUAAAUAUUAAUUAUAUGAAA